AUGCCCGCCGAAAAGAGCGGUUGGCCGUCCGUGGUUUUUUGGAUCCUGUCUGUCUCCGUGGGCAUUAUGGGCAUGAAAAUUCCCGUAUCCGUACAGAUCUCUACUGUACUGACCUUAUCACCAGUGGAGAGCCAUAUGUCAGUGACUGAUAAUGGUGUUGGAUCGUUGGUACAACAUACAGCCGACCUUGUUGAAGUGGCUCUAAAUGAUCGAAAAUUCGAUCGAAAAUAUUAUCAAUAUCUUCCAUAUCCUGACAAUGAUUUUCAAGAGUUAAAUAGUUCAAAUGCUACUGAUUGUUUUCCAUUGUCUCAUAUUUAUGAGCGCAAUGCUCAAGUGUUUGUACCUAACCAACCGGUAGUAGUCAAAUCAAUUUUGGCUGAAAAGAACGGUGAUGGUUAUCGAAAAUUUCGAAAUUCAUAUUUAUAUUGUAUCAUUGUUCAACAUUGUAAAUAUGAAUGGACGAUUAAUAAACGUUACAAUGAUUUUUAUACUUUACAUAAAUGUUUAUUGAACUAUAUUAAAUCUAAAACAAAAGAACCAAUUGAUGCUCUAGAAAAACUACUAAAACAUCCGAAAUUUCGUCAACAUCCAGCUGUGCAUCAAUUUUUUGAAGUUACCUAUCUCUCAUUUGUUUAUGAUCUCGGCAUAAGUUUAAAAGAAAACUAUUUAAUUAAACAUUCAUCUCAAUCACAACAGAAUCGUUAUAUUACAACAUUUUUCAAAAAUCUAUGUCGGUCAUAUCGUGAUCUUAAAUGGUUUAUUGUUAAAUCUACAUAUUUGUUAUAUCUUCGUUCAAAUGAAAUACGUUUUCCAAUGCUAAUUGAUAGUGGAUUUCAAAUUCAACCAAAAUUUCAUAAUAAGUUAAGAAUAAAAAAUUUACAACAUAAAAUAACAAUAAAAUUUAAAUCAGUCGAUAAAUAUCAACAAUGGUACGAAGUAUUACAAACAUUAUUAGAACGAAAUUCAUUAACAUUGGCAUCAAAACAGAAUCGAUUUAAUUCAUUUGCACCAAUAAGAGAAAAACAAUUUGGUUCAUGGUUUAUUAAUGGUAAAGAUUAUAUGGAAUCUUUAACACAAGCAAUUUUAAAUGCAAAAGAAGAAAUUUUUAUUGCCAAUUGGUGGUUAACACCAGAAAUUAUGCUUGUACGACCAACAAAUGAUAAAUCAUUUCGAUUAGAUUAUUUACUUGGACGUAAAGCUGAUGAAGGUGUACGUGUUUAUGUUCUAAUUUAUAAAGAUUUUCCAUUAGCUAUGGGACAAAAUAGUUUACAUUCAAAACGUGGUUUAAUUAAACGAAAUCGACAUAAUAUCAAAGUUAUACGUCAUCCAAAUCAUUAUCCAACAAGUGGUGGUCCUUUACUUUGGUCACAUCAUGAAAAAUUAGUUGUUAUUGAUCAAAAAAUUGCCUAUGUUUCUGGAAUAGAUCUUUGUUUUGGACGAUGGGAUGAUCACGAAAUGAGAUUAGUCGAUCUUGGUUCACAGAAUCAAACAAAGUUAAAACUACCAGAUGAAAUUCAAUCGGAUUUAAUUGAAAGUGGUGGAAGAGAAACAGUUGAAGCUGGAAGAAAAGUCGCUACAGAAAUGGCUGAAAACAGUGGUAAUCGUUUUAGAACGGGCACAUCAGAAAUGCAAUCGACAAAAGGAGCUAAAGAAAAAGGACAUGUUGAUAUUGCUGUUCGACCACGAAAAAACGUAGCUAAGGAAUUACUGGUAUCAUCUGAUUCUGAAGUGGAUGACGAAGAAGAAGAAAAUGAACAAGAAUCACCGAUAACAAGUGAUAAUCCUCAACAACAACUUUAUUAUAUUGGAAAAGAUUAUGCUAAUCUGUAUGAAAAAGGUGUUACAAAGCCAACUCAAUAUGCUGAAGAUGCAAUUGAUCGUAAAGUUGUACCACGAAUGCCAUGGCAUGACGAAGGUAUUGUUGUAUUUGGUCAUGUAGCACAUGAUGUAGCACGACAUUUUAUUCAACGUUGGAAUAUACACAAAUAUGAAAAAUAUCCAGAAAAUCAAAAAUAUCCAUUCCUAUUGCCCACCGUAUACAACGAUGAUGAUAAUGAUUAUAAUGAUGAAAAUAAUUGGAAAGAUUUACUUAACACAAAACCAUUUCAAAUUGAUGCACAAUGUGUACGUAGUGUUGGACCAUGGUCAUGUCGUACAAAAACAAUUGAAACAUCCGUUGCAAAUGCUUAUAUAAAAUUAAUUGAUACAGCAAAACAUUUUAUUUACAUGGAAAAUCAAUUUUUUAUUUCAAUAUUUAAUGAUUCACACGUUCGUAAUCAAAUAUAUGAAGCAUUAUAUUUACGAAUUAUGCGUGCACAUACAGCAAAUGAAAAAUUUCGUAUUUAUAUUGUUUUACCAUUGUUACCCGGAUUUGAUAAUAUUAAAUCUGUUCAAGCUGUUUUAUAUUACAUUGCUCGAUCAAUAACGAAGGGUGAUGGUUCAUUGUAUCAACGAUUAGAAAAACAAGGUGUUAAUCAUCAAGAUUAUAUUAGUUUUUAUGGUAUGCGUAAUCACAGUGUUCUAAUGGGAAAAUUAGUAACUGAAAUUAUUUAUGUUCAUUCAAAAUUGAUGAUUGUUGAUGAUCGUUAUUGUAUUUGUGGUAGUGCCAAUAUAAAUGAUCGUUCACUAUUAGGACACCGUGACAGUGAAUUAUGUAUUGUUAUUAAAGAUGUUGAAUAUGAACAGUCUGAUAAACAAAUAUUUGAAAGUGGAAAAUUUUGUUCAAGUUGGAGAAAAAAAUUAUUUAGUCUACUAUUAGGUUUAACAGACCAAAUGGCUGAAAAUGUUGAUUUAACAGAUCCAUCGUCUGAUGAACUUUAUCAUUAUAUCAAAGAUACAGCACAUAAAAAUACAUUAAUCUAUGAAGAAGUAAUUAUUGUUAUUGUUUUUGCUGCUAUGCCAAGUGAUCGUAUAAGAAAAUUUGAUCAAAUUGCAUCAUACACAGAAGUACCACUAUUAAAACAUACAGAUCCAUAUCGAGCACAAGAAGAAUUGAAAAAUGUACGUGGUUUUAUUGUUGAUUAUCCAAUUUAUUUUCUUCAUGAAGAAGAAUAUUUUCCUGGCCUAGAUAGUACUGAAGGUUUCGCACCGAUAUCAAUGUGGGUGUAA